AUUUAAAAAUUCGUAGACGAUUGCAGACGAUUUGAGAAACGCGUACGCAUGCACUCUUGACCCAACUGCACUAAAAGCACGAGUUUUGUUUUAAAGGCUGAUGAAAUUUCGAAAAUGAAUGUCGCUUCAUUACCGGGGACGGCGACUCUUCUUGAAGAUUUAGACAAAAAGGUUAUAGUCGUUCUACGUGAUGGCCGAACUUUGAUAGGAUACCUCCGUAGUGUUGAUCAAUUUGCCAACUUGGUUUUGCAUCGAACUAUUGAGAGGAUUCAUGUUGGUAAAGAGUAUGGUGACAUUCCACGAGGAGUAUUUAUUGUCAGAGGAGAAAAUGUUGCUCUUUUGGGAGAAAUCGAUUUGGAGAAAGAAGAAAGAAUCCCCCUUAAGCAAGUUGGUGUAGAGGAGAUCCUUGAAGCCCAAAGGUUGGAGCAAGACGAGAAGCAAGCAAAGGAGAAAAUUAGAUUGAAGAGACUUAAAGAACUAGGACUUCAGUCAACUGUUGCAGAUUACACUCAUGAUGAUGCUUUUUAGUUUUUAUGCUUGCUGUGAAAUUGUUUUGAUUCGUGACAGGAAAGAACAUAAACGAUUCCUUUUGUAUA